AUGGAUCUGGGGAAACCACUCAUCUACUUUGUUUUACUGGCCGAAGUCUGUGCAUUUUUGCCGAUUGCAGAGUCAAGAAGUGUUAGAAACGUAAAGGUGAGUUAAGUGAACUUUACAAUUGUUAUUUUGCCAAACUUGGCAUAAGGAGCUGUGAUUGUACACACGGUACAAGUACCUUGACAAACUUUGUCACGAAGUUUUUUCCAUCUUUCCAAUAUUGAUGUAGUGAAAGGAAAUCAACUAAUGUUUUUACCCUGUUUGACCUCGUCCUCUUUCGCAGAAAGAGAAUAACUGUAAAAGGAAAUUAAUGUAAGCGCUCGUCCUACGCAAUUCAACGGGCGAAUGAGCAACAAGCUCAGAUUUAACCCCAAACGAUAAUGAUAAGCAAACGUUUCAGUUUCAUGAAAUGGAACUUUUAGUCUUAUUACACGAAAAAGACAUUCAAAUUUCGCGAUUUCGUCUACCAUUAUUACUGCAAAAGGCAAGCAAAAAUCUCAGUUGAACUCUAGUAAAUUCCUGGGGGGCCGACAAAAGACGAAACAAAAUGGUAACUAGGCGUAGAACAGUAUUAUCCGGAUGAACGAGGAUUACUUCCAAAUGUCUUUCUCGGCUUCCUUUACGAAGACGUCUGGCGAACUUUUGUGAAAGCCUUUGUAAAGCGAACGAAGUUUUCCGAGGAGUUUCGGACAGUGACCCCGGCUGUCCAAAUAAACCGGAAGACUUGUGUUACAUGGACGAUUUUUUUCUUUGAACCGUCUCUCGUUGAAAGUGUAUUCUUUUAAAUUGUCGGUGAAAUUUUAAUUUUGAAAAAGGGAAAAAAGAAAAAACGUUUUCGGUUUUGCUGGGAUUGAAUUUAACUUAACCACAUCUAACGCCGAGCUGUUGUUGUUGUUGUUGUUGUUUUUUUUGUGGAAGGGGAUGAAUUUGUUAGCUUACAUUAUAGAAACUGGGAGUGCUUUCUACUGGAAUUCUUCUUCACGCAUUCGAGUCUUCGGUUCUCUCGCCUUUCCAUGUCCCAGUAUUCUAAACUGAAGUCAAAUGACGCUCGUUCAAGAAAGACGUGCUAAGUGGUAACAUGUUCUUGCGGUUGCUUUCUACAAGCAUUUAAAACAACGAUUGAAAUUUAAUUUCUUGUCAAAUUCCCUGAUAGAAGAAUUAAAUAUUGAUCGAUAGGAAGUUCUGUUUUUGAGAGUAAGAACUCACACGUGCCAUAAAGAUGCAGCUCUUGCGAUAACAUUGCACUCGUACAUGAUUGCAACGUGAAACGUAACUGAUCAAAUUUACAGUGGUUGCUUUUAACGAACUUGAAAUUCGGGGAUCGACGAAAGACAUGAAGUUCUGCUCCCGGCUAUUUAAAACCCGACAAGUCAACACUUCAUUUAGCUAUUGAUGUGACUAGUUAGGGAUUUCAAGAUGUUAUCUAGUUGCCAUCGCGUGCGAAGUUGAGACAUUAGCAAGAGGAAAUCAGAUUAGAGACAAACUGAAAGUCAUUCCAAGUGUUUUUCAAGUAACUUUUGUCGAGUUGCAAAAUGGAGGAUGAACGACAGAGAUUUUUUCAUGAGUACCGUGAUAGUCUCUUACACAAAUAAAUAAUACUCACUGCUCGACGUCUGCGAAUAUUUUUCGCGGGAAAUCCGCGGGAACACUUCAACUGGACGAAUCACCCCAUCCCCCCUGGCUCUCUGAAACAUCUGUUUUUCUUUUAAAGAGAGGUUCUAGAUUUUUCUACCCUGUUAUACCAAAUAGGUGACGUACUUGCAGCUGUGAUUGGAAAGAAAAACUGAGAGUCAAAGCACACUUUACAGUCAAUUUAAUGCUUGCAGAAAAACAAACUGCUUUUUGUUACAAAGAAAAAAAUAUAGCCUUCACGGAAAUUUCUAACCGAGACCAUAUGGAAAAGUCGAUAGCAAUUAAACUAAAUGUUUCAUAUCAUUUCAAGAUUACUCCAAGAAAUCUAAUUACUUUAAAGAAAAUCUUAAGCUCAUCAAGUUGUUCAAUGAAACACAAGGCCGCUGGCAUGCUUGCUAAACGCUUACAGGUGUUCUAGAUAUUCGUGUCAUAAUGGCUAACAUCAAACAUAAGGAAUGCUAAGGUAAUAUAUAUAUAUAUAUCCUUGUGUGUUUAAAGAGGUCUUUCUUAGUAUCCUUCCUAAUAUAAAUUCUGCUGUCUUCGUUCUUGAGACCUGGUUCCAGGUAUUCAGGCGAUGGAUGAAGUCCUUCAAGGUGCUAAUAUUGUAAAUGUUGGCGCAGGUUAUCUUUAUAUCGCUUCCCCUUACUUUUAAGAGUUCCUCAUUGUCAGCAAGUCGUUUCAAAAGAUGCCAGCUUAAACAAAAACUUUCAGUUUUGCGUUUUUACACGAGGACUUAUUGCUCUCAAUGUCGGUUCUAAAAGAAUCAGAUGUAAAAAGGAAAUAUAGAGGAAACUUUGCUUCUAAAUAACGUGAACUUUCGAAAGAAAUAGAAAUCUUGCCUCACAACUUUCUCAGCCUCCUUUUUCCCUUUCGCUCGGCUACAUAGCACCUUUCGUUAAGCAGGCCACAAAUAGCUUUUUAGUGAAACCUCAGUUUUUUUCCAACUGAAAAAUACGAUUUAAAACUAACUUAGAUAAGUCAAAGUGUGUGGUUUUGAAAGAUUGGCAAUUUUCUUUAUCUCUUACUAAAGAAACCUAAUUGGCAAAUAUAACGACAACGUGGCUGGUCGAUGAAAAAGAUAUUUGUUUUUGGAGGAAAAUAACGCGCCUCAACAUUGAUUUGCAUUUUGGCUGUUACUUAAUAUAUGGUCUUUUUCUAAGAUAGCUCAAGUUUAUGAGCCGGAUACGUUCUGAGAGGUUUCCGGUUUUAAUAUUCAAUCCCCUGAUUUUCCAUUACCGAUGAAAAAAUACGAGCUCUGAAAAAACACACAUGGUUAGAAAAGUCAACAAUAUGGGAAAAUAACCUUGAAAUACCGACCUUGGCGACUUGCCAUGCAGUCUGUUUUAGCACGUAUUUUAUCAUUGUUCAGAAACAGAUGGUAUGAAAACAUAUUACGUCAUAAAUCGGAAGGUCUCUAACUUAACCCGGCGAAAAAAGUUCUAGAACUUCUCUAUACGUACAUGUCCAUGUAAGUCCGGUAAAUAUGCUCUGAUGUUCUGAGCACUCUCAGCACUUGAAAAAUUCUCGAGAUUUUCAUAGUAAUGAUAGGGAAAACAUUUGGCUUAUUUUUCGCAAAUGUUGUUUCCUUGAUCUAUUACCCGAUCACCGCAGUUGAAGAAGCCAGAAGCCGGGAUCGUGAGAAGGGCCAUCCCCCCUUUCCCCUCCCCCCUCCUUCUGGGGCUCCUUGACAGAUGCUAGACUCACUGUGCCAGUACCCAAGCACGCAAGGGUUGAGAGAAUGAACGGUUUAUCGACAUUGAGUUUUCACGCAAGCGCUCCAAGCAUGUUAUACCCAAAGAGUAUUGAUUACCCUAACAUGCCGUCGGGUUCCAUGGGAUAAUUACCCGGGGGGUAUUGAGCAGAGAGUACAGCUAUUAAUCCCCGCACUUUAGCAAGAAUACCAAACCCUUCCACCUGUUUACAUAGCAAAGACCUCCAUAAUCACCAUCAUCCCGCGUUCCUGCAGAUUUUUGAAAAGACGAGCCUCUCGGCAGCGCUGAACACGCCUUUGUUGCUCGCUGUUGGUCAAUUCGGUUUUCAGAUAAGGAAUCCUAGCCUGCGUAGCAAGCGUUUCUGUGCAGUUUUGGGAGCAAAGAACGAGGAACGGGAGACAAAGACCAAGCGAAAAAUGGAUCUCGUUCCAUUUUGGCGCUACCAAAACGAAAAUCUCGUUCCUCUUCGGUCUUUCUUCUUGUUUGCCCCGAAACCACAUGCAAACGCUUGCUACGCAAGCUAAAGGAAUCCGGAUUCUAGGUACUGAAUUCCCGAACUUGUCAGUGAAACGUUGGAUUCCGGAUUCCAAUUGUUAGUGGGAUUCCGGACUGCUACAGCUGUAUUCCGCAUUCCAAAGUCCAGGAUUCUGGAGUCCACAAGCAAAAAUUUUCCAGAUUCCGGAAUCCAUAUUCCCUUAAAUGGGAUGAGCUUUCGUUUCCUUUGUUGCUCGUUGUCUUUGCUUAAUCUGCGCGUUGACGUAUAUUUUAACUUGUUUUAGCGCCAUUUAAUCAAAAAGAGGUCGCUCUACGAAGAGACCUGCCCACCACCAUAUGUCAUUGAAGUGACAGAGAAGUGUAAAGAUUCGUGCUUGGACGAUGACUACUGCAUCGGAAAUCAAAUGUGUUGCUUUGAUGGGUGUUCUUAUGUCUGCAUGGAUCCUGUUCCCUCGGAACCAGGUAAUGUUAAAAAUUUAAGACAAAAGCUUUACUCUCACUCGGUUGGAUACCAGUGAUUCUUCCAGGCGCUCGAUCUCGCGGGGGCAAUGAGAGGGAGCUGGGCUAAAAUGACAUGAAAUGAACUCGAUGAAUGUGGAUCACAGGUUGACAUACUUCUGGCAUUGGUAUUGGUCAUAGCAUAGAAACUGCCAAUACAUAGUAUUCUAAGGCCUGGUUCAGACGACUUAACUGAAUAAGUUCGACUUUGGAGCGACACUGGCGCGACAUCUGAUUCAGAUGGCGUACCGUGUGUAGAACCUAAGUUAAGUUCGACAAAAGUUCGACAGACUCUGUCGAACUUAACGCUUUUGCCGCACCAAACUAAAACUGCCGUACCAAAUUGAUUUAGACGCCGCUCUUUUGCCGUACUUAAUUCAUCAGUUAGGUUCGGCACAUGAGUGGAGCGGCGUCUGAACCGGGCCUAAAGUAUACUAAAACCAACGGGUUUCAACAAGAGACAAAAAAAAAAUUAAGCCAAAGUCCUUUAAUUUUGUAAAGUUAAAAACAAAGUUCACAGAGAGUUUAAGCUUCACGUAUUCGACAAACGGCAAACGUCAGAUUCAAGUUGAGAAUUUCUCAAAAUAGGAAACAGCCCAAAGCUAUUCUUAUGGAUAAAAAAUUACUUGAAACUAUUAUUUUAUGUACAAAUAAUGAACAGUAAACGUAUUGGGGAAACUUGAUCACGUGGUACUAAUUCGCGUUUUCGGUUUGACGUGAACGUGAUUCUUACAGUCAAGCCAAGUCAAGCGUACCCCUCAAGAUUACAUUAAUGAAUUUAUUAUUCGAAAGUUGAAUCCGUUGGUAGUUGUAGAUUUCAGAUUCAUCUCUGCAUUCUUGCAUGCGUAAUGAGCCGUAAAUUCGCACGCGAGGCAGUUACGAAAUUCCUACCAGCUCAAUUUCCCUGAAUCUGAUGUAAAUUUAACCCAUUCAAAGAUUUUCAGUCUGACUAAAUACAGAGAAGUUCUCGUAAAAUAUUCACUACUCAUUACGCAUGCAGGAAUGCCGAUUUGAAUUUGACACUAGUUACCGGAACGACUAACGGAUUUAUGUUUCAAAUAAUCAAUUCAUAAAUAGAAUAUUGAGGGGUACUUCCUUGACUGUAAACUCUUCUAAUGUUUUCUUCUAUAGCGCUUAACCCCUCAAGUGCCAAUAGUGACCAACAACAAUUUUCUCCUAACAAUAUCCAUACAUUGUCAAGAGAUAAAGUUAUGAGAAUUAAUAAAUGAUCACCAUAGAGAAAAUGCUUUGAUCUUUUAUCAAAUUCCCAACAUCUCCUUUAACAAUUAGUUGAGAGAGAUCAGUUUGGAGAAUUUGUAUGUGGAUAUUGGGUUAAGGUAACGCGCAGCAUUAAUCACUUGUCUUAUGUCCGUCUUAUUAUCUUUUGCAGUUAUUGAUUGGAUCGAUGACAAGGAAGGCAGUACCCCAGGGCCCGAAGGUUCGUUAUACCUAUACUUGACAGAAAACGUUUUGCUCAAUGCUGAUGCAUUCUGUUUGUUUUGCGUAACUGUCUUUCGCUUAUUUCAAUUCUCAAUUCCUUUUUUAAAUAUUUCUCCUCUGCAGAACUCACUGGCAACAUAGAGGUUGUAACUCCCGUCAUCGAAGAACUAGGUAAGUUUGAAGGCUGAAAAACGUGGACAACGUAUCUAAUUUAUUACACCUCGAAUAUUCUGAUAUUAUACCAUAUGGCUGAAUAUUUAACAACUAUUCCACGAGUGCGCGUUGGAUAUGAGAUAGUAGAUAGCCAACGAGGCGCGUUUUAUAAUCAUCUCAUAUGCAACAAGUACGAGUGGAAUAAUUGUUUUAUUAAAAACGCGCACAAAAUAUCCAGAAUUCUUCCCGACUUUAUUUGUAAAAACAACCGAUUUUCAGCCUGUUUUUCAUUUUGGGCAAACAUAUUUGUAGAGCAUAGUAUAAUGGCUCAUAUACCACGAUGGAUAAGCCAAUCGGAGCUUUAGAAUCGCAUUAUCCAAUGAUUCAGUUUUUAAUAAGUGUCAUUUAUUUUUGCAGGGUGCUUUUAUCAUGGAAUGAUGUUAAAUGAUGGAGAAAGAAUUCCACUUGGCUGCAAAGUAUGGUGAGUGAUAUGUACCAUUUACUAACUCAUCUAGCCUGCGUAGCAGGCGCUUGGAAUAAAGAACGGGCGCGCGCGCGAGAAGGAGACACGCGUGCAUGGCUCUCUCUCGCGGGCCCGUUCUUUCUUGCGCCCACUACUUCCAAGCGCCAGCUUCGCUGGCUAUAACUCAUCAGGUUUUAGGGAACAGGGCCCGGUUCAUAAAAGGCCGAUAAGCACCAAUCCAAAAGUAAAACGGUUCCGUUUUUUAAAUUUUACCUUGUUUUGUAUUGCUUAGAGCAACAUUUUGUGUUAUCAUUACCGUAUCUUGGGGUGAAGGCCCAACAGUAUUUUGUAAGCUUGAGUUGCAUGUCUAUAGGGAAGAAAACCUUAAUUAAAAUUUAGCAUUAUCCUGGGUUAAACUUAACCAUCUUUCAAGGAACCGGGCCCAGCUUUGUAACACACCGCUGAUCCUAUCACCCAUACUACAGCCGCCACCCCUCUGAAUAUUAUCAUUAUUUUUUCUCCAUAGCUCUUGCUUUAACGGAAACCUAAUGUGUGAUGUCUCCAAUUGCAACAAAGGUAAUCAUUUGACAUUGUAGUCGCUUGCAAAUUUGGUGGAAUCUGGAAUCUGAGAAUGUUUGCUUGUGGAGUCCGGAUUCCUAGGCUUUGGAAUCCGCAAUACAGCUCAAGGAAUCCAGAAUCCCACUACGAAUUGAGUCAAGAAUCUAAGUUACACUGACAAAAAUUCCGGAAUCCACAUGAAAUCUAAGACUGCCAUGGAGUCCUUUACAUUAAACGAGUAAAACUUGACGCUUUAUACCUUAGAUUAUCCCAUGGUUGCUAAUUUGUAAGUUCACGGUUACCCUUGUCCCAUAAUUUUUCUCUUUCUUCUCAAACAAACUCGAGCGACACGAAACGAAAGAACAUCUUGCGAUCGUUGUCUUCAUUUUUGUCUUCCACUUUGCGGAUCUUUGUCACUGCCUAGCAGCUAAAGUUUGUUUGCGAGUGAAUAAAGUAAGCCUCUGGAAACAGCGUAGUUCAAGGUAAUUACAUCGGAAUUUGGCUUUUGAACUUUUUUCUCGCCCCAUGUAAGGGGAUCCAAGAAAGUCUUGGAUUUUGGAUUCCACACCGUAGGUUCCUGAUUCCAGGUACUUGAUUCCGGUCAUUGUCAGUGGAAAUGUAUUCCUCAAUGGGAUUCCGUAUUCCUUGCGCUUUAUUCCAGAUUCCAAAGCACAAGAUUCUGGAUUCCACAAGCAAAACUUUCCCGGAUUCCGGAAUGGAAUGGAAUGGGGCGACUCUUCUAAAACUAGAACGUUUAUUAAACAUGUUUAUCGUCUUCGAAAUUUGCAGAGUACCAGGCCCGUCUUGCUUUAGAGCUAAGCGGCUCGGGGUCUGGUGACGAUGAGGACGGUGACGAUAAGGAAAACUUAAGAGAAGCAUCUGGGAAUGGAGAAGUGUAUCCGAUUACCGGCGGGCUUAGACACAAAGAGGACUUUACUCCUUUGGAGGAAUUAAGAGGGAAGAACACAAAUGGUGUGGAAAUGAAAGAGGAAUUUGUUCCUUUCGGGAAGGAGCACGGCUCGGAGGAGGAUAGCGGAGGCGGGGAAAGCGGAAGCGGAAGUGGAGAUCAUUUCGUUCCAUAUGACGAGGAAAAGAACAAUGGAAAAAGCGGCGAUAAUGUCGCUUCUUUCGCCAGAAGAAGGCUUUAGUAAUCUGGUUACGCUCUCGUAGCGAGUGUCACUCAAAGAUGGGAAUCUUCCCCCCUAGCAAAUCACACUCCGCCGUUUAGGUUGGACUCAAGUAAAUGACAUAGCGAGGCAUCGCACUCAUCAAUGGAAUACCAUUUAGCAAGAGUGACAUGAAAUAUGACGGCAUAAAUGACCUCCCGUAGACAGAGAUAUAAUAUAACCUUAAUUUAAAUUGGUAAUCAAACAAUACUUUUAUGCCAGAUAAUUAACUGGCCAAAUUACCAUGGAAAUCGUUAAGAUCUCAUAACUGAUUCUCACGUCACAAACAGGAGAUAAAGUAUGUUAGUGACCUAGAGGAACUUCAGUAAAGGAUGAACUCUGGUUAGAAUGACAGGGUGUUCCGUCGAAAUAAAUAAACUACAAAGUCAGACCCAAUAGACUGCUCACAGUCUCUCUUUUUGAUUUUCUCGUAAGGCCCGUCUAGUAAGUUAACUCCAUAAACGCGUUAGAAAUUAGGAUGAUGGAAAAGUGAAAAGACAGGCUAUGCGCGUUUUGCGCGCCACUUGUUGCUUUUCUCCCAAUUUUUCACUUCCGUGUAUGAUAACUGUAAAAUAGUUUUAGUAGUGUAUACGAAAGUACAGAAUAUACGGAAUAUUUCAUACUAGAACAUUUUGGUUUAUACCUUGUAGCUAAGAAAACAUGUGUAGCUUUCGUCAGUACCAUUUUCACAUGUACCGACUUUAUCACCCUUACAUAUAUACAUGUGCGACCACAUCCCAUAAGCGACAACUUAUCUAAAACACCAACAUUUUCCCAGUCGAAGCCCUACAGUUGAAACCUCUCGUAAACGACUACCUCCUGAAAGCGAAGGUGACCACUUUUCAGCACUGACGGUUUAACUAUUUUCUAUCGUUUUCAACUCCUUGUAAGCGAACACUUCACGCAUGAUCUGGUCUAGCUCUAUGUUUCCUCCAUGCACUGUGUUACUUUGAGAACACGCGAGAACACGAAGAAUUUUUAACAACAACAUGGAACUAUACUUAUUAAAACUUAGAAAUUGCAUGGAAUGAAUUAUCUUCUAUAAAGUUGAUGUGUCCAAAUCUCUUCUUGGAAGAGAGCCCGUGUGGUCCGAUUCUUCUUAGACCACCUCCCGUAAACGAACAGUUAGUCGUCGCAUUUUGGGUGAUCGCUUAAGGGAGGUUCAACUGUAUUCAAUUUAGUAAUUCCACACUCAUAUACAUCGUAUCACAGUACCUGCGAAUGGGUAAAAUAAGAUAAGUUGAAACGGAGCGAAUAAACAAAGCUUAUAUACGUGGUAUGUUUGUCAAACACGUUACACACUACUUUCGAUAUUUUGAAUGUCAUGCUUACUCUAUUUGAAAAUGGUUUCCCGGCAAAUAUACAGGGAGUUUAAGGUGGCCCGUUCCUAUUUAUAUGCGUGUUGGUUAUGUUUUUGAUUCGCGU